GUUUUGCUCCUGUCACUGUAACUCCAGCACGCGCGCAGCCCCGGCUCACAUGGACACACCAGCGGUCAGUCCACCACAGAGCUCAACGCUGUUCACUUUGCGCCGAGUUCGCUGAGUGAUGAUAGAGCACCGAACCGUCCGGAGGCUGCAGCACAGCGAGGUAGGCGGUGCUCUUCAAAGUUGUGAAGCCACAUGGUGCUCGGCUCACCGACGACCGGGCUGAGCAAGCAGCAGCUCCCAGAGCCGCGUCGGGUCAAUGUAGUCUGACCGGAGGCGAAACCAGCUCAGUUCGGUCUCACUCAGCACUGAUCCAGAGAAACUUUCCAGAAAUCUUGGCCGAGACCUCCAGUCAGCAGGCCGAGGGCACCAGUGUCAGGAAACUUCCAAAGAGCAUGAAGAAGAAGCACUGAGGAAACUUUGGUUAGCACCGGAUUCACCACAUCACAUUCAGCAAAGUUUGGAGAUGCCUCGGCCGGGCAGGAACACGUACAGCGAGCAGAAGCCGCCCUACUCCUACAUCUCCCUGACCGCCAUGGCCAUCCAGAGUUGCCCGGAGAAGAUGCUGCCACUCAGCGAGAUCUACAAGUUCAUCAUGGACCGCUUCCCGUACUACCGGGAAAACACGCAGCGGUGGCAGAACUCGCUGCGUCACAACCUCUCCUUCAACGACUGCUUCAUCAAGAUUCCGCGGCGGCCCGACCAGCCAGGCAAAGGCAGCUUCUGGGCGCUGCACCCGAGCUGCGGGGACAUGUUCGAGAACGGCAGCUUCUUGCGGCGCCGCAAGCGCUUCAAGGUGGUGGCCCCCGCGGACCCGCUGGCGCGCAGUAAGGCGGCCGAGGCGGCGCAUUACCUGCAGCAGCAGGCCAAGCUGAGGCUGAGCGCACUGGCUGCAACUGCCGCCGCCGCGCACCUGCCGCCCAUCGGCGGAUACCACUUCACCACGUCGCCGCCUCCGCCGCCGCCCCCGCCGCCGGCUGCGUUUAAGCACCCUUUCGCCAUCGAGAACAUCAUCGCCAGGGAGUACAAAGCGCCCGGCACCGGCGGAGUACCCUUUCCGCCCGCACAGCACGCGCCACAGGCCUACCCGCUGCACGCGUGGCCUCACGUGUACGGCGGCGGCGGCGUGGAGCCUGUUGCUGCACCUGAGUGCUCCGCGUACGGCGGGGUUCCGCUCAGGGCCGUUCCCGCGGUGCCCGUGCCCAUCAAACCACCGCAUCUCCCGGCAUUUUUGUCCGCGUCGAGUCGAGCGCUGAGCCCCACCGGGCCGCAAGGGGCGGGAGGCCCGAGCGCAGCGUCCCAGCAGAGUCCGGCAGCACUGCGCUCGGUCGCUGUUCACUGAGGCGAGGUAACCGGACAGCUGGAGGGAGACAAAACUUCCUGGGCGCACGGACAAGUCUGUAUUCACGAGGGAAAAUCUGGGACCAGCAAAAAGCGCUUCAGUGCGACCACAUCCCACAAACAGCCCGGUCACAGAUUCCAGAGCAGGCUGCAUCUCAUCUGAGCGGACAAGUCCUGGACACACUGAAAUAGCCGAGGCUGCUGUUCUCCUCCUGGAUCACGAAUACAGCCACUUCAUUAGAUCGAGCCUCCGGCAGCGACCCGUCGCUCUAAACCCACGAAACCCAAGACUUCAGAUGAAAAACAUCCACAGCGCGCGCGCUUCUUCAGGUCGGUCGCUUCAGGUCUACAAGAAGGACGUUAGGCCGCGUUCUGCUGACACAGCCGCACCACAGCGUGGCCUCUGGAGGUCUGGAGAUCUCGAGAUCUGGAGCCUGAAACUCUUUGCUGAUGCACUUUUUGUGAUGAGAGCCGCGCUGAAGACCUCCUGCGUCACCCGCUUUGCUGCGCAUGUGGAAUAAACGCUGUAUAUUUGUACGUUUUCGACGCGGGCAUGGCGUGUUGUGUUUGCUGCUAGCAUGCUGCUUUUUAAGUGCGCGCGAUAUUCCUGCAAUAAAUGAUAAACUCGGUCAGCGAGAUGUGUUCCGGUCUGAUCAGGCGCGGAGUUUAACGUCUGAUAUUCAGUUACUAA